AUGACUUUGAGCGAGGACCAAAAAUGCACAGCCUGGCAAGUCUUGGCAGAGUUGGCGGAGGUCGAGCUUGAUGCAGCAAUCGGUACAAUCUCGCGUUUGCUCGAGGUUCGAGAUUUACACGAUACAAAACGACCAAGAAUCUUGUCUGUGCUGGCCGUUCGGGCUUGCGUGGAGCGCUCUUCCGAUCCUGUGUGCACCUCACUGGCGUCAUCAUCUUUCGGAAACCACGUGCUGAACGCCAUUCAAAGCUCGCUGCGAGAGCUACGACUUGCCGCUGCACAAAGCAUCGCAUGUUUUCUGCGUCAAAGCUUGCCGGAAAGCAUUCGAAGCCAGAAUCGCCAACUUGCACUAGAGUGGCUCCGUAAGCUCUCGGAUCGCAACAUUGCCAACGAGCAAGAGACCCUCAUCGCCGCUUGGGGCCAAGUAGCCUUGUCUUGCGAAGACGCGGAGCUAAAUUUGGUCCUACUGCGCUUGGUAGAGUACCUUGGGCACAGCAAUCCCUUGGUCUGUGCUCUUGCCUUCAAUGAGAUGGAACUUAUAGCUGCAGCUCGAGGUCAAGCGCCGAAAGACCUCUUCUCGCCAUUCUGGAGAUCGAUAGCAGUUACGGUGGUGCAAGAUCUCCACAGCAGACCGCAAAAGACUCAACAGCUGUGCGAUUUGCUGAACAUGGACGUAGACGCCUUCCUCAUAUUGACUCAGCAACAAACCUUGCCUUACUUGGUUCUAAUCAAGAAGAAAGACGUGCUACAAAGGAUCGCUCGCGCCCGUGGAAAUGGCAGUACCAUCUAUGACAUUUGCACGCAGCCAAUCUCCAACCUGGCCUCGAUUCUCGCACUCUUACUUUCGCAAUCAGCAAGUGAUGCAGAAGACUCGGCCUUCGCUUGCUUGGUGGAGGUGGCACCCGAACUUCGACAAGCGGACAUUGGAAGUCUGGUCAAAGUCGAUGCUGUGUUGGUGGCUUGUGAAAUGCUCAAAUUAUGCGGAGACGAGGGCGUGGAAAGGAAGUCGAGAGCUUACCAGGCUUUCCAGACGUUGGCACAUAUUGUCGAGAGAGCUCCAGGUCAGCGCAAGGCCCACUCGAAAUCCUCUAAGGCUGUCAGCCAAUUUCUUGAAAACCAGGUUCUUGGAAUCCUGACGCAUUUCUCAGGAGUGCUGGAGAAUGUUUCCGGGGCAGAGUCAACGCCCGAGAAAAUCAGGUGUCUCAAAGGCUUAGCGGAUAUGCUGAUACUGGGCAAGGGCAAGCUCUCAUUCGCUUUACCUCAAAUACGGUCCUGCUUGCACUCCGGUUUGGAACAGCCAGAGCUGUGUGAGGUUGCAUACGAUGCUUGGCUCACCAUGAUACCUGUACUGGAGGAUGAAGACAUUCCCGAGAUUGUCGACGAAACGUUCGUGCUCAUUGCCCGAUAUUGGUCAGCGAUCUCGCCUGAUCUUCAGCGAAAGACACAUGAGAUGCUCGAACAACUGGUCAAAUCCCACAACACUAUGCUUCAGGAAAAUAUCAUGACUUUACCAUCGCUCGAAGGAAUCCCCCUCCUGUCCAAGUUUGCCGCAGAGUUCGAGCGACUCAAAAUUCAGGAGAGCGUUGAAAGUCACUGCAAAGCCUUUGCAAAGCGCCUAAAAGAUGACAGCGGCAUGGUCACUUUGCAGGCUAUUCACGAGCUGGUGCCCUUCCUUGAAAAGAAUCAAGAUUUCGUUCACGAUACAGCAGCGAGCGAGCAUCCAUCGCCUGUUUUGGCGGACCUUCUCUGUGCGCUUCUUGACGCAACUGUAAAGCAUUCAAGUACAGAUGUGCAUGUCGCCAGACAGUGCGGCAAGGCACUCGGCAUUAUAGGUUGUUUGGACCCUAACAGAGUCGAAGCUUCCCGGAAGAAGAGAAAUCUUCUAGUUCUGUCCAACUUUGACAAAGCAAGCGAAGUCAUUGACUGGGUGGUCUCUCUUCUGGAGGACGUUCUCGUAAAAUCCUUCAAAUCGGUCACCAAUGCACGUGCGCAGGGCUUUGUCGCAUACACCAUGCAAGAGCUACUUGGCUUUUGCAACUUCACAGAAGUCGCCGCUUUGCGUCCACGAUCCUCACAGGUACCUGGAGCUUUCAAUCGCUGGAACGAAAUGCCCGAGCAGGUUCGCACCACUUUGACGCCGCUCUUGACGUCCAAAUAUCGGGUCAGCAGUGGCAGCACUCCAAGCGCACCAAAUCGCUCAUAUCCGAAUUUCUCAGCAGAUGACAGCCACGGACACUGGUUGAGAUCCAUCACUUACGAUCUCAUGUUUAAAGGCAAAGGUGACAAUGCAAAGGCAAUAUUCGAGCUUCUCGCAAGAAUCAUUCGUGGAAACGAUCUGGGCAUCGCUCGCUUUGUCUUCCCCUACGCUGCAUUGAAUGUCAUAAUUGGUGGUACCGAGACCGAGUUCCAACAGCUGGUUGAAGAAUUCAUGAGCGUGCUCAAGUCCUCUCCUUCCUCUUCUAGUCAACAAGAAACCAUUCAACUCUGCAGCGAGAGUGUCUUUGCAGUGCUGGAUUACAUGUCUACAUGGCUGAGAGAGAAGCGGAAAGAGUUGGGCGAAACGAGGGCUGCAGCAUACAAGACUGGGCAUUCCCCUAACGAAUUCGACGAAGCGAGAGAUAUGGGACAAAUCGACACCGUGGAGAGAUUUUUGACUUCGAUUCCUGCUGCGAUCAUCGCUGACCAGGCUAUGGACUGUCGCUCUUAUGCACGAGCUCUCUUCCAUUGGGAGCAGCACAUUCGGCAGGAACGAUCACGCUCUAUUCCUCCUGGACAGUCACCCCUCAUCCCAACUGCAAAACAAAGCGAGAAGGAAGAGCUCAUGUAUGAAAGACUCCAGGACAUCUACGGUCACAUUGAUGAGCCCGACGGCUUGGAGGGCAUUGCGGCCCACCUACCACUUGUAACUGAAGAACAGCAAACCAUCAAUCAUGCCAAGGCUGGACGCUGGACUGCUGCUCAAGCUUGGUACGAGCUACAGCUGGCAGAUAAUCCAACACGCACUGACCUACAACAUGACCUUCUGAGAUGUCUACAAGAGACUGGCCAGUACGCACCUUUGCUCAGAUACGCCAAUAGCUUUCUAGAUGCAAGCCAGGACCCGGACGUUUUGCACGAUGCUAUCAGAAUUCAUCUUCCCUUGGCUGCUGAGGCAUGCUGGAUGACUCAAGAUUUCUGCGGUCUUGAGCAACGGCUUCUUUUGCUCCCGAGAGACGAAUCACUCGACUUUAACCUAGGCAUCGGACGCUCAUUGGUACGCGCCGCCGGGGAGGCGCGCGAGUCGCUUAAUGACGAAGUGAAGAGUCUAAGACAGUCGAUCGUGGAGAGUUUGUCUAUGUCUUCCACUGAUUCGCUCCAGACGUGUCACUCUGAAAUGGUCAAACUGCACGUUCUUUACGAGAUGGAAGCAUUAAUGGCGACUGAUCGAGAUGGUUCAUCAGCUCUGAUGAAGACUUUUGAGAAGAGAUUGAAUGCUGUCGGGGCAUAUGUUCACGACAAGCAGUACAUUCUUGGCAUUCGUCGUGCAGCGAUGCGCUUGCGACCCGAAUCGUACUCGCAAAAUAAAGCCGGAGCUCUAUGGCUGGCCACUGCUCGACUGGCUAGGCAGUCCAAGAACAUUAACAGUGCAUAUAAUGCAGUCCUGAAAGCGUACGAUUGCGAGGAUAAAGGCGCCAAGAUCGAAGAAGCAAGACUGCUCUGGCAUGAGGGACACCAGCGUCAAGCCAUACAGUCUCUGCAAGCUACUAUCGAUUCUGGAAUCUUUGAUGGAGAAGAGACAUCAUCUGAAGCUAGGACGGAUGGCAACUUGUCGAUUAACCUCAGCGAAAUCAAUGGCUUCAAGCAGAACCCUCUGGCUGGCAAGGCCAUGCUUCUACUUGCAAAGUGGCUUGACGCUUCUGGCCAGAGUCAAACCAAAGAUAUGACGGACCGCUACCAGCUCGCCGCUCGCCGCCAUCAGCGAUGGGAGAAAGGUCAUUACUACCUGGGCAAACACUACACCAAAUUGCUUGAGGCUCAGAAAGCGCUUCCUCGGGACAAGCAGACCCAAGCGUUCUUGACUGGAGAUCUGACCAAACUUGUGAUCGAAAAUUCCUUGCGAUCGAUACCAUUCGGCAAUAAAUACUGGCAUGAGACCAUUCCGCGUAUCUUGACUCUCUGGCUCCAGCUCGGGAUGGAUGCGGAGAAGCGCACGCCGAAAGAUGAACAGGCCACUUUCGACAAGCGAGUGAGAUCGCUCCAGGCUUGUAACAAGCAAUUGCAGAAGUACUUUGAUCGGGUACCGCCGUACGUCUUCUAUCACGCCUUGCCACAAUUGAUUUCGCGGAUCACACAUCCUCAUCCCGAUGUGUGGAAGCAGAUAUGCAACAUCCUCACCAGAAUCGCUGCAAAUCAUCCCAGUCAGACUUUGUGGAGCUUACUUGCUGUCGUCAAAUCUUCCGAUCGGACAAGAGUGGAUCGAGGCCAAGAGGUAUUGAACAAGCUGAAAGACCCCAAGAACAAGCCGAAGAACGACGCUUCAGCCAUCGAUUUACGCAGCCUCAUCGCACAGGGCAUUAAGCUUUGUGAUGGCCUCUUGCUGGCUUGCGAGCAGCCGAUCGAGAACCGAGCUACGGGUGUGAGCUUGACCAAGGAUCUGUCGUUCAACGCCAAGCUUGCGCCGAGCAACCUUGUCGUGCCGGUGGAGGCGACUUUGACAGCUACCGCGCCGGCCGUAUCCAACAGCGAGACGAUCCGGAAGCACAAGGCUUUUGCUCAAGACAAGAUCACGAUAGCAGGUUUUGAGGAUAAUGUCCUCGUGUUGAACUCACUGCAACGGCCGCGCAAGAUCACUGUGCGUGGCUCCGACGGCAGGCUCUACGGACUUCUCUGCAAGCCGAAGGACGACCUGAGGAAAGACCAGCGUCUCAUGGAGUUUAACGGGAUUAUCAACCGGGCGCUCAAGAGGAAUACCGACAGCAGCAAGCGACGCUUGUACAUCAAGACGUAUGCUGUGACGCCGUUGAGUGAAGAAUCUGGAAUUUUGGAGUGGGUGGAAGGAAUCAAGCCUAUCCGCGAUAUUCUCCUGGGACUCUACUCGCGCAAGGGCGUGAGGCCGAAUUACAACGACAUCAAGAAAAGCCUGGACCGCGCAUGUGCCAGUCACGAGAACGCGCACAUAUUCGCAGAGGAGGUGCUGAAGCAAUUCACGCCUGCGUUGCAUGAGUGGUUCACCGAGACUUACCCGGAGCCCGAGACAUGGUUCAACUCACGAAUCCGCUACUCUCGGUCAGCAGCAGUCAUGUCGAUGGUGGGACACAUUCUCGGGUUGGGAGAUCGUCACGGCGAGAAUAUUCUGCUGGAAGAGAGCACGGGUGGAGUGUUCCAUGUGGAUUUCAACUGUCUCUUUGACAAAGGCCAGACAUUCGAGAAGCCGGAGCUGGUGCCGUUCAGAUUGACGCACAACAUGGUUGACGCGAUGGGACCAUAUGGCUACGAGGGACCAUUCCGGAAGUCUUCGGAGCUGACGCUUGGCCUGCUGCGACAAGAACGCGACACUCUGAUGACGGUCCUUGAGACAUUCCUCUACGACCCGACAACGGACUUCGUGGGAGGAAAGAAGAAGAGAUUCACAGCUGGAGUGCCCGAGACGCCGGCAGACAUCCUCGAAAGCGUGGCAACGAAGCUGAAAGGCCUGUUGAAAGGCGAGAGCGUUCCGCUCAGCGUGGAAGGGUAUGUCGAUGCUCUGAUUCAGCAAGCCACGAGCCACUUCAACCUCGCGAGCAUGUACAUCGGUACGUUGGCUGGCGUAGAUUUCUUACGUGCUUCUAUUUUCGUGAUACACGACUUGGCUGACCUUUUUGAUGUCUAG